GGGGAAAGUAAAGCAGGCUCUUUACUGUUCUGACACGGCACUGCACGGUGGGAAAGACUCACAACAAAAACACAAAACGAGGGUUUCAGACCACAUCUGAGACUUGCCUUUUUUAUUUCGCAUCUCUUGCACAAAACCCAGUCGUGGCAAACUAAAACCCGUUGCAUCCAAAGGAUCCAAGUCGGUCGUCAAAUGAGAGAUCAUAUGCGACUGUCUCCUUCUGAAACAGAAAUGUCUGCAACCAUCCUGUCCGCUUUCUAUGACAUCGACAUGCUGUACAAGCAGGAGAAGAGCCUCAACAUGAACGCGCUGCACAUCAACAGCAUGCUGGAUAAGAAAGCAGUCGGGGCCCCGGUAACAACCUCGAGCAGCACCAACAACUGCAACUACGAGUCAGGAUUUUUACGUCGGAACUCCACCAGCAACAUGGAGUCCAUGGCGAACGGCAACAAGUGCCCCGCCAGCUCCUACAACAGCAUGAAGGAAAGCACCAGCACAGCCAUCAUGAACAAGGAGAACAAGUUCCGCGACCGCGCCUACAGCGAGAGCAGCCAGCAGCAGCUGCAAGCGCUGCAGCAGAAGCCGGGCUCGCAGAUCAACUCCACCCGCUACAAGACCGAGCUGUGCAGACCCUUCGAGGAGAACGGCGCGUGUAAAUACGGCGAGAAGUGCCAAUUUGCCCACGGCUACCACGAGCUGAGGAGCCUGUCUCGCCACCCGAAGUACAAGACCGAGCCCUGUCGCACUUUCCACACCAUCGGUUUCUGUCCGUACGGGCCGCGCUGUCACUUCAUCCACAACGCCGACGAAAGACGACCAGCGCCGAGCAACGCCAACAACAUGCUGGGAGAGCCCACCAAGGCCGCUCGGGGGGAGCUUGUGUGCAGCUACGGGCAGCAGGCGGCGGAAGCCUUCAGGGACAGACCCAAGCUCCACCACAGCCUCAGUUUCUCGGGUUUCUCUAGCCACCACCUCGACUCUCCCCUGCUCGAAAGCCCCACGUCCCGCACCCCUCCACCCCCUUCAUCUACCGCUCACUUUUACGAAGACGUUCUGUCGCCCAUGAGUCGCUGCCUGAGCAACAGUGCUUUCUCUUUCCCCGGACAAGACCUCAAAGCCCUGCUCGCGCCGCUGGCCGUGCACGCGCACAACGGUUUCGCCAGCCAGUCCAACGGCGCUUACUGCGGAAACAUUCGGGUGAACAUGGGCGGCGGCCCCUCUUCUCCCCCUUACGAUCUUCGCCACCUGCAGUCCCUGCACCGUCUGUCAGAGUCGCCGGUGUUCGACUCGCCCCCCAGCCCGCCUGACAGCAUCUCAGACCGGGAGAGCUACGCCAGCGGCUCGCUGAGCUCCUCUGGAAGUCUCAGCGGCUCGGAGUCUCCGAGUCUGGACAGCGGGAGACGUUUGCCAAUCUUCAGCAGGCUGUCGAUUUCUGAUGAUUAAUGGCCUGUUUUGUAUUUUAUGGGAGUUUCCCCCCCACUUUCUUUAUAGUAGACUUUUUUGGAUUCCGAGUCUCCCGUUAGAUAUUAAUUUCAAUAAUAGACUUUAAUAUCGAGGGAGAUGGAUUUUUCAGACCCUUGGCAUGGCAUUAGUUGAUCUAUUUCUGUUUGAACUGCUUUGGCGCGAGCGGCUCUCAACAGAAGGCAUUCCAACGGUGAUAUUUGUGCUGCAGGUUUGUUGCAUUCUCUUGGUCUUUUUGGACCAGUUACUUUCCAGAUUUGUACAAAAUACUUUUUAUAUAUAUAUAUACAUGUAUAGAUACGUGAAAGAUAGAGUGAUUUCAGAUUUCCCUCCAUCCUUGCCAAGAAUAUGCCUUGACACAAAAAGUAAACCAGUUUUUCAAAGUAUGUAUGCACUUCUGAAAGCUUACAAGAACUUCCAUUCCAAAAGUUUAUUUUUCAAGUGUCACAGCAGCGCCACCCAGUGGUUCGGUUGGUUUGUGCAGUUUGAAGCUGUAUUGUUUGGCUUGUAGGACUGCUGAUGGUUGAAUAUAUAUAUAU